AUGAUGCCCGUCACCUCGGCCGGGGUGGGGUCGAAGGCCGAUUCCGCCCAUCAGCCCGUCGCCUGGAACAAGGCACCAGCCAAAUUUGCUCUUGGUGGCUCAUGUUCUUCUUGUGAGAAGGGCAUGACCGUCGAGAUGUCCAAGUCCAGCCUGUUGCCUCCUCCGAAGAGGGGCAUGCUCCAGAUCGGUAGCUCCUCCGGGUCUGCCUUUACCAAGAGCGACUUUCAGCCCGCCAAGGCAACCAUCUCGGAGAAGAUAAAGCAGGUCGCAUCCUCUAGCCGCGACUCUCAGCUCAAAGCCGAGAGUGCUAUCGACUCGGACACCGACGACGGCGACGUUGAUAAAAGCGCCAUUGAUGAUGAUGAUUCUUCCGACUGGGAAGAUGCCGCGGAAGAGAGUGGCAAUUCAAGUGUUGACGACAAGUUCUUCCAGCGCGUCCAGCCCAAGGCAAACCUGGUCUCCCGCCCUUCGCUCAUCACCCUUGCGGUGGCGCAGAAUGAACGCCAGCAGGACCCGAGCAACCAGGCAUCCCCUCCUGCCUCUGCCAUCGAGCGCUCGCGCGUUGGACCUAAAGGCCCGGCCUUGGGCGCCUCUCCCAACGAUUCCGAUGAGGGUCAGCUAACGAGGAAGGGCAUGCGUCCCUCAAAUCUGAAGCCGAUCAUUGAGGUGCCUCGGUCUAGUGCCCAGCCUAUUGAAACCAGGCACGUGGGCAUCCAGGCAGCCUUUUCGCCCCGAGCCACUCGCCGCAAUAUGCUUGCUACGGAGCUCACCGAGUCUUUGCGCCGCCACCUUCUCUGGGAACGCCAGCAAAAGUAUUCGACUGCCAACGCUGUCCUCAAGCGCCGCCAUACUUCUCACGAUGUCGCCGAACUCAAGCAGUUUCCUGAGAAGCCUUGCUUGAAGAAGAGCGAAGAUGCCAACGCUAGUAGCUGGAACCAAUACUUCAACAAGGAUGCCUUUAAUGGCUACCACUCCAAAGGCUGGUGA